AUGCAAAACCAACUUGUCUUUGCACGAUUAUUAAAUGAAGACAAUUCUAUUGUCAAUUCCGCAUUAGAUGAGUUAAUUGAAUAUGUACAAAAAUAUAAAAGUCAUGAAAAUGAUGGUUCAAUGAUUCGAUAUUAUUUAAAACAUUCACCACGAUGUAAUGAAUUAGUAGACACGUUCAAAAUGAAUGCAAAUGGAACACCUGGAUUUAUUCAAGAGAAAGCAAUAAAUGUUUUAAUAGAAAUUUUUUCAAUGAAUUUAGAAGAAGAGAAAGAAGUAUUACAAACAACAGUGUCAUAUUUAUUUGGCGAAUUAUUAACGAAUUUUAUGAAAUGGUUAAGUAGUUCACGUCUUCAUUCAAGAAUAGCAUGUCUUAGACUAAUAAUUUUUUUAUUAAGAAAAGAUAUUAAAAUGUUUAAAUUUGUUUAUGCAAAAGUUGGUAUUACUUAUCCAAUUUGGAAAGAUAUUUUUAAUGUUGCUUCUAAAAGAGAAAUAUCAGAUUUUAGAGAAGUAAUUGUUGAAUUUAUUGAUGUUUUAUCAGAUGGAUGUAAUUCUAAAUUUGCAUUAACAUAUUUAAAUGAUUAUUUAACAACAGCAAAUCCAUUAUCACUAUUCAUUUUAGAUGCAAUAAAUGAUACAGAAGAUAUUCAAACAAAAUUACUUCAAGCAUUAAUUAAAAUGUUAAAAUCACCAUAUUUAAAAGAUAAACAAUUCUCAUUCUUUUUUAAGAAAAAUAUUUUAACAACACUCUAUAAUAUGUUUAUUGAGCCUCAACCUAUUCCUUUACUUAAAGAAUUUUUAUAUAUGAUUUAUACUAUUCCUGGAUAUAUUACUCCAUUAAUUCCUACAAAUAAACCAAUACAUUAUAAUACUCUUGUAAAUGGAAUGGAAAAUUUUUAUAUGUACCAUAAAGAAACAAGAAAAUUAAUGAUAUCUAUCUUUAAAAAUCAACCUGCAAUUGUUGCUCAAAUGUAUUUAAGUAGUAAAAAUUUUGGAUUCAAUUUUACUAAUGAUUUACCCACUUAUAUUCAAACUUCUUUUUUAUUAGAAAUGUUAAAUACUAUGAAAUUACCAGUUAAUACUCUUAAUAUUUCUUCUUAUGAUUUUAUUAAAGGAUGUUUAAUUUUUAUUCCUAAAACUGCUAUUUCUAAACUUGCUUCAUUUAAUAAAUUAUUUAAAUAUCAAGCCGCUUUAAUUCUAUUUGCUAUGGCUUCAAGAACUGAGGUUUAUGCACAAUCUACUCAUGCUGACCAAAUAUUAAUGGAUAGUAUUUGUCAAGAAUUUCCUGAUGCACAUUCAAUCUAUGCUCUUGCUACUUCUCAAUCUUCAAACUUUGCUUUUAUAAAAUGUUUACAAACAUUAGAAAUUCUUCAUAGAGUAAGUCCAACUGUAUUUCAUCAUUCAACUUUAAGAAUGGAACAGGUAGUUCUACGUUCAUUAGAAUCAAGUAAUGAAUUAGUUCUUUAUAGAGGACUGCAUUUUGCUGCUGAACUUGGAGAAUCUAUUAACUGGAUUAGUAAUAUUACUUCAAGUUCUAUUGCGAAAAAACAAUUUCCUGCAAUGAUUAUUCCUAUUUCAUUAAGAGUAAAUGAAUUAAUAAAAGAUUUUCCUUUACUUAGAGAUGAAUAUAAUAAAAUUCUUGAUCAGAUAAUUUUCAAAUACUCUCCAUAUGAAAGCUUUAUCUUUAGAUCAAAUUUAGGAAAUGACAUUAGUUCUAUAUUAAAAUUUAGUAAAGCAACUCAUUCAAAAACAUUAAAAUCAAUUAUUGAUUCAAGAAAUUGUUAUAAAAAAAUGCCAGCUCAAUAUGAUCUUCCUGCUUUAUUCCAUUUUAUAUUGUUAGGUCAUCAAAUUGGUAUUGGUAAAACUAAUGAAGAAAAAUGUAUGGUUAUAUAUUAUCAAACCCUUCUUAAUGAUGAAGAAACAGAAAUGCCUGUUGAUCGUAAAAAUACAUUAAUCUCAUUAAUGAAAGAAAGUAAAGGAUUUCAGAGAAUUCAAUUAUUAUUAUGUUGUUUUAGACUAAGACAUGAAAUGAUAUUUGAUGAAGAAGUAAAACAAUAUUUAAGAGACAAAUACCAAGUUAAACAAAUAGACGAUGGGGAUGUUGUAUAUCACUUAAAAGAAGAAAUUAAAGAAUUAAUUAGUCAAAUAGAAUAUCGUGAAUUUUCUAUUGAAAGUGAUGUAAUUGAUUCACAUGUCACAAAUAUUUUAUUACAAUUAAAUCAUACAAGGAAAUUAUUUGAUUCAAAUGUUUAUAAAGUAAUGGCAAAUAAUCUUAUUGAAUUAUUACUUAUAUUUUCUUCAAAGAAAAAAAUGAGUAAAGAAUUAUUAGAGACAAUAUCUAAAACAAUUAUCCCAUUCUUUAAUCCAUUUUUAACAAAUGAAAAUUAUUAUAUUACAUUAUCUAAGUUAUUCCUUUAUUGUAAUAAUACAAAUUUAACACCAUCAAAUAUUCUUAUUGAAACAUUAUUUAAUAUUACAAAAAAAACAGUUAUAAAAAAGAUAAUUUAUAAUAAAUAUUUUGGUAGUUAUUUAAGUAAAAUGAAAAUUAAUAAAUGUGUUAUGAAAACGUAUCUCCUUUUAAUUAAACUACUUCCACAUUCUCAAGAACAACUCUUAAAGGUAUAUGAAAAUAAAUCAUUUAUUCAAAAGUUAAAAAUUGGAUUAUUAAAAUUAAAAAAUUAUAAACAUUUAUUUGAAUGGUAUUGGAAAGGAAUUUGGAAUGAAGAAAAAGAGCAAACAUUACAAAUUAUUGCUUAUUUGGCUCAAAACAAAAAAGAAUUUGUUCAGUCAUUAGUACUUCAUAAUUGUCCAAUCAAACGAAUUGACUCUUUUGAAAAUAUUUCCAAAGAUAUUUUAAUUCCAGUUAAUUUAAUGAUUUAUUCAAUUAAUAAUAAGACACCACUUUCUAUUAACUUUGUGUUAAGUAAAUGUAAUCAAAAUAUUCAAGAAGAAGAAACAUCACUUUAUCUUAACUUACUAUUGGAAGAGUCUAUUAGAAGUAAUAAACAUGAGUGGAUUACUCUUACAUUAGAACAAAUUCAUGUUGUAUUAAAUACACAAAAAGUUUUUAUUAAUCCUUUAAUAUUUAAUCAAUUAAAAGAGUAUAUUACAUAUUGUGAAGAACCAACAUUGUCUUUUAUUAAAGAGUAUACUAGAGUAUAUUAUCCAAUUGAAGAAUCAUUGGAUAUUACUCAACAUACUAUUUUUAAUACACUUGUAGCUCUUAUAACUAAAGACUGUUCUUUUCUUGGGGAUAAGUCACAGGUUAUUUUUAAACAAGUUAUUGAACAAGUUAAGAACUUUACUUUACACGAGAAUGAAUAUUAUAAAGAAUUAAUUCAUAUUUGUUGUUGCAUAAUAAAAUAUGUCAAUUAUAACAUAUUAUUAUCAAAUGAAGAAUGGAUUAAACUGAUUAUUGAUACAAUUCAAUCUACCAGAUAUGGUUAUGGUAUUGUUUCAUUAUUACUUACCGUCAUAGAAAAUAAAGAUAUUCAGUCAGAAGUAUUAUUAAAAAUUCAAGAAACAUCCUUCAAACCUAAAUGGGAAUUACCAAUAACCCAUGACUUUAGUGUUUUAUUAAUAAAAUUAUAUGGUCAAAAAUCAGAGAAUAAUCCAACGUUUGAUAUGAUGAAAAUGAUAUAUGAGAGUUAUAAUGGGACAAUGUCAAAUACAGAUAGAAUGAUUUUUUAUUUAAUUAUUCAAUACUCACCAUUAUAUCCAAAAUUACCAUUGGUUGCAGGAAGACAUGGACUAGACUAUAAAACAUCAAUCAAUAGAAUGUUUGACAAUACUAUAUUCUUUAAUAAAAAAGAUAUGGAAUAUAGUUUAAGUCAUUUUCCAUUUUCAAGAAAGAGUAAUGAAGAAGAUCUUUCUGUCUUAAUACAAACACAAGAUACAGAAGAGGAAUAUCCGUAUGAUCCAUGUUAUCUUUUACCAUUAACAUACCAUACAUUAGACAGAGCCAUUGUCUUUAAAAAAUAUAUUUUUCAACCCAGAUCAUAUAUUUACAAUGGAUUUUUAUCAUUUGCUAUGAUAGCCACAGCAGCAGAAGAUGAAAAUAUUAGAAAAAUGGGAUAUUCUAUUCUUCAAAAAACACUUUAUAUUCUUAAAAUAAAAACAACGUUUUAUAGUUUUUGUCAACGUUCAUUCAUUCAAGCAUUUUUGUUUAUCUUCCGGAAUUCAAUUGAUACUGCAAACCAACAAAUAUCUGCACCAACUGCAAUACUAUAUUCUAAAAUGAUAAUGGUUGUUGUUCAACAAGUUAACCCAUUAUGGAAGGUAGUCAGUUCCUAUUUAUUUAAACGAAAUGAGUGUAAAAUUUCACUAAAUCCGUUUAAUUUCAUGAAUAGGCUUGAAGAAUAUCCAUCUACAGCAACAAUACUAUUAUUAGAAGCCUUAGCAGAAUCUACUUCGUUUUAUUAUUCUCUUCCUAAUUCAUUUAAAUCAAGAAAAGUAUAUGAAACAAUAUUAGCCGAAAUUUCUAAUCCACACACUUUCUAUUCUGAUAGUAGACCUUCGUUGGUAUUAUUGAAUAAAAUGAUUCAAAAAUGGGGUAUAACAGAUAGUUGUAUAUUUUAUUUUGUUCAAUUACUUCAAGGAAGAAAUGCUAUAAAACUAACGCCAGUGAUUAUCGAGUCAAUAAAAUAUAUUGUUUCAUUCAACUCAUUUAUUGAAUCAACAAAGAAUCAAAUUCCUUUAAGUAUUAUAAUCAUCUUUUUAUUAAAACAAUGCAACUAUUCUAAUGAACUAAGUGAAGAAAAUGCUUUAAAUAUGAAAGACAUUCUUCAAUCAUUAAAUCUUUCUUCUUCUUCUAUUCCUCCAAUAUUUUCAGUAUGUCCAAUGGAAAUCCAAGACCAAUUAAUAUCAUUAUGUUAUUCAUUUGAACAGAAAACAAAGAAUAUUCACAAUUGGUUUAUUUGGAAUUGA